CCAAGUGAGUAGGGAGGCUAUUCCAUAGCUAUACAAUGGAAAACAAGAAAAAUGAGAGAAAGAGACCAUGAAGAGAUGGCAAUCUUCCUUUCUUUUUGCUUGAAUCUCCCUUGAGAGGUAAGAAUCUUCACUCCUCUAGUUAGGACAAGCCCAAAUCUCCUUCUUCCUCCUUUGAAUGGCACUUUGUCUCUCUAGAAUAGGAAGAGGAAACCCUAAUCUCUCACUAGAAACCCUCUUUUAUUCUGAAAACUAAAAUCGUAGAAAAAAGCUCUCAUUCUCCUUCAACUCACUUCCCCUUUUAUACCCAGAUCGAUGACUAUUCAUAGUCUCAGUUCACGGCCGUGAACUAUAAGCCUGAACUGGUCGAGGUCCAGUGAGGCGUCCAAAACCUUCUGUUUCUAUUGCGCUUCACGGUCUUCGGGCAAUUGUCACGGUCAUGCGAUUGUUACAAUUGGGUCCAAACCGUGACUUUGGACUUUUAUUCACUUUUUGACGCUUUUACGACAUCUAAUCGACCUGAAACUCGUCCUCGACCUUCCCGCACGUGCUAAGAUGUGAAAUGUAACAAAACGAGCACAACCUAGCGUAAAAUAGGUCGAGGGACCAUAAUUAACCAAGCAAAACUAACAAAUAAUAAGAGAUAAAAUGUGUAUAAUUGGACUCAAAUCAGACACUAGAUAAUCUAUAUUAAACUUGAACCAUUAAUAACAUUGGUUCGUAAUUCAUUUCCAAGACUAAGCAGUGAGCACGUGACUUUCGUCUGUUUGGGUAGGUGACCACGUGCCUAUUAAAAAAUGUGGGUAGGAAGAAUUGAUAACCCCUCUCCUUCGCCGUAAACCCUAGUUCCUGCAUUUCCUGCCUUCCAUUAUUUGUAUCAGCUCGCCACCUACUCUCAGCCGUUCCCCCCUUCUGUUUCUCACAAUGGCCGCCACCGCCGCCUCAUCCGCCGCGUCUCUCACUCCUUCCGUUUCGACGCCGUCCUCUUCUCUAAAACCUAAGGCUCCGGUGUCAAGCUCCCUCGGGUUCCUAUCCUCUUCAUCUCGGUCGCUGAAGCCCCUAAUCUCUCGGAUUGCCGCCCGGCCUUGCCCCAAUGGAAGAUCGUCGCUUUCGGUCACCAUGGUGUCGGCUCCUCCCGUCGCUCCCACGAUAUCUCUUGAUUUCCAGACAUCUGUUUUCAAGAAGGAGAAGGUCACUCUCGCCGGCCAUGAUGAGUACAUUGUGAGAGGAGGGAGGGAUUUGUUCCCCCUAUUGCCCGAUGCUUUCAAGGGAAUCAAACAGAUUGGAGUUAUUGGAUGGGGAUCUCAGGCCCCUGCUCAAGCUCAGAACCUGAAGGAUUCUCUUGCAGAGGCCAAAUCUGAUAUUGUUGUUAAGAUUGGUCUGAGGAAGGGUUCUCGCUCUUUUGCUGAGGCUCGUGCUGCUGGAUUCUCUGAAGAGGAUGGAACUCUAGGAGACAUGUGGGAAACCAUCUCUGGAAGCGAUCUUGUCAUGCUGCUGAUUUCAGAUUCAGCCCAGGCUGAUAACUUUGAGAAGAUCUUCUCUCAUAUGAAGCCAAACAGCAUCCUUGGUCUUUCCCAUGGUUUUCUCUUGGGGCAUCUGCAGAGUUUGGGUAUUGAUUUCCCUAAAAAUAUCAGUGUUAUUGCUGUUUGCCCUAAAGGCAUGGGUCCUUCUGUGAGGAGACUCUACGUGCAGGGGAAAGAGAUAAAUGGAGCCGGUAUCAACUCCAGUUUUGCUGUUCACCAGGAUGUUGAUGGUAGAGCAACAGAUGUUGCCUUGGGUUGGUCCGUUGCUCUUGGCUCUCCUUUCACUUUUGCCACCACAUUGGAGCAGGAGUAUAAGAGUGAUAUUUUUGGGGAGCGCGGUAUACUGCUUGGUGCUGUUCAUGGUGCUGUUGAAUGCUUGUUUAGAAGAUACACAGAAAAUGGAAUGGAUGAGGAUUCGGCGUACAAGAACACUGUUGAGUGCAUAACUGGUAUUGUGUCAAGGACCAUCUCAACAAAGGGCAUGUUGUCAGUUUACAACUCCUUGUCUGAAGAUGAGAAGAAGGAGUUUGAGCUUGCUUAUAGCUCCUCCUACUACCCUUGCAUGGAUAUAUUGUACGAGUGCUAUGAGGAUGUAGCCAGUGGCAGUGAGAUCCGUAGCGUUGUUUUGGCUGGGCGUCGAUUCUAUGAGAAGGAAGGCCUCCCAGCUUUCCCAAUGGGCAAGAUCGAUCAAACUCGGAUGUGGAAGGUGGGGGAGCGUGUUCGUUCAACACGGCCAAAGGGAGACUUGGGACCAAUGCAUCCUUUCACUGCUGGUGUUUUCGUGGCAUUGAUGAUGGCUCAGAUUGAGGUGUUGAGGAAGAAGGGUCAUUCUUAUUCUGAGAUCAUUAAUGAAAGUCUGAUCGAGGCCGUGGAUUCCCUGAACCCUUUCAUGCAUGCUCGCGGAGUUUCCUUUAUGGUUGAUAACUGCUCCACCACAGCACGUCUGGGAUCAAGAAAAUGGGCCCCGCGAUUCGAUUACAUCCUCACACAACAGGCCUUCGUAGCUGUGGAUGCUGCUGGGGCUUCUGUGAACAGGGACCUCAUCAGCAACUUCCUCUCUGACCCGGUCCAUGGAGCUGUUGAAGUCUGUGCCCAGCUAAGACCAACCCUCGACAUUUCUGUGACUGCAGAUGCAGACUUCGUCCGCCCCGAGUUGCGUCAGUAGCUAUGCAGUCCCCUUGGGUGUUUUGCUGUUAAGGAAUAAUCUUUAGGAGCCCCUUAGUAGCUUUUGGGACGUUUCUGUUGUCGAACUCAAUACUUUUUAUAUGUGGACUAUCUUUUCCCCUUUUCCGUUUUAACUUUCCUGUCUCGCUUAGUCGCUUUUAUGGUGCUUGUGAGUUGUGAUUUCUAUAAAUGAGAGCUUCUUCAGUCUUGGUCUCACCCUGCCCAUUCUUGGUCUCUGAACUAAAUUCCCGGUUUGUGAUAAUCUCAAAAGUCAAUUAGUCAAUUAACAUACUUCACCGUCGGUCGGAUAGAAGCUUCCCUCCGGCACUCUAUUCGCCGGAAACUUGGUUAAUAUCAGUCAGUCGCAAACUGAUUCUCAAGUAUAGUCUCGCCUAAUUGAACCAAAUUCCGUAAGUCAAUUAACACACUUCAGGAAGUAAAAAAGCUCAACUACAAAGAAAUUCUAAGUAAAAAACUCAACUACAAAGAAAAAGAAUUUUAGGAAGUAAAAAAGCUCAACUACAAAGAAAUUAUAAGUAAAAAACUCAACUACAAAGAAAAAGAAUUUUAGGAUCGAGUGAAUUUUGAAUUAGUUUUUGCAAAUAAGCUCAGAUCUCAUUUGCCCUACUUCUCACUCGUGGAAGAAGGAUCUCUUACUUUCUCUGUUCACUCUAGAGAGUGUUGAUCUCAUUUUGUCUAUACCUCUCCCUACUUCUGUUUCGACUGAUCGUUUGAUAUGACAUUAUUCUUCCUCUGGUCUUUACACUGUUAAGACAGGUUAUCAUCUUUUGUCUUCUGAGUACGAUCUUCAUCAUCCUCCAGUGGUCCUCCCUUUUGACACUCGUUUUUGGAAAUUUCUUUGGAGUAUUCCUGUUCCUCCAAAGCUAAAGUUCUUUUUUUGGCGACCUGUCCGCGGCUUCUUGCCCUUGCAGAUAGUUUUGUUUACUAAAACUCUUGUGUCUGACACGAUCUGUCCUAUAUGUUCCGGGGAACUAGAAUCCUUUUCCCAUUUUUUCUUUACAUGCAGGGUAGCUCAAGGGCUGUGGAGACUGACGGACCUUGAAGGUUUGAACAUUACUCUUGGAGGAAUGAGUCCUGAUGAGGCCUGGCGUCAUCUUUUCUUUUCUAUGAAUCUUUCGAAAAUUGAGAUAGCUAAUAUUGUUUUCAUUCUCUGGCGGAUUUGGAAGGGGAGGUGUUGGGCGGUCCAUGAAGGCAUUCAAUAUCUCCCAUCGGCUCUGUUUCGGCAGUUUCAACGGCAAGUAGAUGAGUGGAGGACGUUAGGGCCCAACCCUUCGAUUCAGCCACUCGGUGGUACUGUUUCUGCAGCUCCAGGUCCUUCACGUGCUCCCAGUAUCACACCUACGACUCCUGGUUCCUCAGCUUUUAUCAAUGUCUGGUUUGAUGGUGCUACCAAGUGUGGUCAAGAAGGUAGUAUUGGCUUUGUCGGCUACCAUACGACAGGUAAUGUUCUGUUUGCUUUUGGAAAAUUUUAUGAUGGGAUUCAGGACCCUUUUCUCAUGGAAUGUUUAGCUCUACGGGAUGCUGUACAGUGGUGUCUAACUCAUUCCUUUCUUGUUGUUUGUUUUCAUGGGGACUCUCAACUCUUGAUCUGCCGGAUGAUUGGAGGUGAUAUGCAUCAUGUUCGAGGUGGCGCUAUUUUGGAGGACGUUAGGAGCUUGGCAUCUUCUUUCCACAGUGUUUCUUUCCGUUUUGUUUCUCGUUAACUUAAUAGGGCUACCCAUCAUGUGGCACAAAAGGCCCUCUCAUCGGGAGUUCGACUAUUGAUCGACUCCCGCACUUUUCUUUCUUCCGGUUUGUGACUUUUGAUUAAUACUCUGACUUUGCCAAAAAAAAAAAAAAGCUCAACUAUAAAGAAAAAGAAUCCCAGGAUCAAAUGAAUUUUGGAAUAGUUU